AUGCGGCGGGCGCUCGGCACCCUCGGCUGCUGCCUGGGCCUGCUCCUGCUGCUGCCGCUCCUCCUGCUGCUGCUGCCGCCCGCGGCGCGGGGCUCCCCGCACCGCCUGCGCCGGCAGCCGCGGCCGGGCGGCGGCCUCUCCGGGAGCCACGCCGCGGCAGACACUGCCUGCAAGAACCGGCCCCUAGACCUUGUCUUCAUCAUAGACAGUUCCCGUAGCGUCCGACCUGAAGAGUUUGAAAAAGUGAAAAUCUUUUUGUCAAAAAUGAUUGAUACUCUGGACAUCGGUGAAAGAACAACUCGUGUGGCAGUCAUGAAUUAUGCUAGCACUGUCAAGGUAGAGUUUCCACUCCGGACCUACUUUGAUAAAGCAUCUAUGAAGGAGGCUGUAUCUCACAUUGAGCCCUUGUCUGCUGGCACAAUGACUGGCCUUGCCAUCCAAACUGCCAUGGACGAAGUCUUCACUGAGGAAAUGGGCACCCGGCCAGCAACCUUCAAUAUCCCCAAGGUGGUCAUUGUUGUGACAGAUGGACGACCACAGGACCAGGUUCAAGAUGUGGCAGCAAGCGCCCAGACAGCUGGCAUUGAGAUCUAUGCAGUUGGGGUAGACCGGGCAGACAUGCAGUCCCUGAGGAUAAUGGCCAGCGAACCACUGGAUGAACACGUCUUUUAUGUGGAGACCUAUGGUGUGAUCGAAAAGCUGACAUCCAAAUUCAGAGAGACUUUCUGUGCUGUGAAUGUGUGUGCACUUGGGACCCAUGACUGCGAGCAGGUCUGUGUGAGUAACGGCGGAUCCUACCUUUGUGAUUGCUAUGAAGGCUACACUCUGAAUCCAGAUAAGAGAACCUGCUCAGCAGUGGACAUGUGUGCACCUGGCAGGCACGAGUGUGAUCAGAUCUGUGUGAGUAACAAUGGAUCCUAUGUCUGUGAAUGCUAUGAAGGCUACACCCUGAAUCCAGAUAAGAAAACUUGCUCAGCCAUGGACAUGUGUGUACCUGGAAGGCAUGAUUGUGCACAAGUCUGUCUGAGUAAUGAUGGAUCCUACAGCUGUGACUGCUAUGAAGGAUACACUCUGAAUCCAGAUAAGAAGACUUGCUCAGAUGAAGCAAAAAUAAAGGGACUUGCAGCUCCUAGCAAUCUUUCUGUGAAUCAAACUCUUGAAGGUCAUAGUGGUUCUGUGCAAGUGGUGACGUGGAAUGAACAGUAUCAAAAACUGACUACCAGUGAUCAAAAUGGACUUAUCAUUGUGUGGAUGCUGUAUAAAGGUGCUUGGUAUGAAGAGAUGAUUAACAAUAGAAAUAAAUCUGUUGUUCGAAGUAUGAGCUGGAAUGCUGAUGGACAAAAGAUUUGUAUUGUAUAUGAAGAUGGAGCUGUGAUUGUUGGAUCAGUAGAUGGCAAUCGCAUUUGGGGAAAAGACUUGAAAGGUACCCACCUGUGCCACGUGGCCUGGUCCUCCGAUAGCAAAGUUUUACUCUUUGGAAUGGCAAAUGGAGAGAUUCACAUUUAUGACAAUCAGGGAAAUUUUAUUGUGAAAAUGAAACUGAGUUGUUUGGUGAACUUAACUGGAGCAUUCAGUAUUGCUGGAAUACAUUGGUAUCAUGGUACAGAAGGCUACAUUGAACCAGAUUGUCCUUGUCUUGCUGUCUGUUAUGACAACGGAAGAUGCCAGAUAAUGAGAGAUGAGAAUGACCACAAUCCUGUUUUGAUUGACACUGGUAUGAAUGUAGUAUGUAUUCAGUGGAACCACUGUGGAAGCGUAUUGGCGGUGGCAGGCUCCCUAAAAGCAACUUCUCAAGAUAAAGAUGUAAACAUUGUGCAGUUCUAUACUCCGUUUGGUGAGCAUUUGCGCACACUGAAAGUUCCUGGCAAACAGAUAUCUGCCUUGUCUUGGGAGGGAAGUGGACUGAAAAUUGCACUAGCUGUCGAUUCUUACAUAUAUUUUGCAAACAUUCGUCCAGAUUACAAGUGGGGUUACUGUUCCAAUACAGUUGUUUAUGCGUAUACCCGACCUGACCGUCCAGAAUACUGUGUAGUCUUUUGGGACACAAAAAACAAUGAGAAGUACGUGAAAUAUGUCAAGAGCUUGAUUUCCAUAACAACUUAUGGAGACUUCUGUGUUUUAGCAACUAAAGCAGAUGAAAAUCAACCUCAGUAUGUGCUGGUUCUCUGCAAUUCUAUUGGCACUCCCUUGGACCCAAAAUAUAUUGAUAUUGGGCCGCUAUUUGUCACAAUGACCAAAACGCAUGUGAUAGCAGCUUCAAAAGAAGCGUUUUACAUCUGGCAGUAUCGUGUGGCCAAGAAGCUCACAGCAAUGGAAAUUAAUCAGGUAGCACGGACCAGAAAAGAAGGCAGGGAAAGGAUUUAUCAUAUUGAUGACACCCCUUCAGGAUCUGCAGAUGGACACCUUGAUUACAGCAGAGCUAUUGAAGGAACAAGAGAUCCAAUUUGUGCAAUAACAGCAUCUGAUAAGAUACUGCUUGUGGGAAGAGAAUCCGGCACUAUUCAGAGAUACAGCCUUCCUAACGUUGGUAUAGUACAGAAGUAUACCCUGAACUGUCGUGCAUAUCAGCUGUCUUUGAACUGCAACUCCAGUCGUGUUGCUAUCAUAGACCUUUCAGGUGUUUUGACUUUCUUUGACUUGGAUACACGGGUAGUAGACAGUACAGGACAGCAAGUGAUAGGUGAGCAGCUGAAACUGGAACGCAAAGAUGUCUGGGAUAUGAAGUGGGCCAAAGAUAACCCAGAUUUGUUUGCAAUGAUGGAGAAAACAAGAAUGUAUGUUUUCAGAAACUUGGAUCCGGAGGAACCUAUACAAACUUCUGGAUACAUUUGCAACUUUGAAGAUUUAGAAAUCAAAUCUGUUCUUCUGGAUGAAAUAUUAAAGAAUCCUGAACAUCCUAACAAAGAUUACAUCAUCAAUUUUGAGAUUCGGUCAUUACGAGACAGUCGAGCAUUGAUUGAAAAAGUUGGCAUUGAGGAAUCUUCCCAAUUCAUAGAAGACAAUCCACAUCCCAGACUUUGGCGUCUCCUGGCUGAAGCUGCUCUUCAGAAGCUGGAUCUGCAGACUGCUGAACAAGCUUUUGUACGUUGCAAAGAUUAUCAAGGUAUUAAAUUUGUGAAGCGUCUAGGCAACCUGCAGAGCGAGUCAAUGAAGCAAGCAGAAGUGGCAGCCUAUUUUAGCAGAUUUGAAGAAGCUGAAAGAAUGUAUCUGGAUAUGGACAGAAGAGAUCUUGCCAUUGGACUACGGAUAAAACUGGGAGAUUGGUUUCGAGUAUUGCAGCUAUUGAAAACUGGCUCAGGUGAUUCAGAUGAUGCCCUUCUUGAACAAGCACACAAUGCUAUUGGAGAUUACUUUGCAGACCGUCAGAAAUGGUUAAAUGCUGUACAGUAUUAUGUACAAGGACGAAACCAGGAACGUUUAGCUGAAUGUUACUACAUGCUGGAGGACUACCAAGGACUGGAGAAUCUAGCUAACUCACUUCCGGAGAACAAUAAAUUGCUUCCUGAUAUAGCUUAUAUGUUUGUAAGAGUGGGGAUGUGUGAACAAGCUGUAGCAGCCUUUCUGAAAUGUAAUCGACCAAAGGAUGCAGUAGAUACCUGUGUACAUCUCAACCAGUGGAAUAAAGCUGUGGAGCUGGCUAAAAAUCACAAUAUGAAAGAGAUUGGAUCCUUGUUAGCCAGAUAUGCAAGUCAUUUACUGGAAAAAAAUAAAAUCCUCGAUGCUAUAGAACUCUAUCGUAAAGCCAAUUAUUUCUUUGAAGCCGCUAAGCUCAUGUUCAAGAUUGCAGAUGAAGAAUCAAAGAAAAGGACAAAGCCUUUGCGAGUUAAAAAGCUUUAUGUAUUAUCAGCCUUACUUAUAGAACAGUGCCAUGAACAAAUGCAAAAUGCACAAAGGGGAAAAGUUAAAGGAAAAAGUUCAGAGACUGCUUCAGCUUUGGCUGGUUUGCUAGAAGAAGAUGUUCUUUCUUCAACUAAUCGCUUUGCAGACAAUGCUUGGCGAGGAGCUGAGGCUUACCAUUUUUUCAUACUUGCACAAAGACAGCUCUAUAAAGGUUCUGUAGAUGCAGCACUUAAAACAGCUCUUCAUUUGCGAGAUUAUGAAGACAUUAUCCCUGCAGUUGAAAUCUAUUCCCUUUUGGCACUCUGUGCAUGUGCAAAUAGGGCAUUUGAUAUUUGUUCAAAAGCCUUUGUUAAACUAGAAUCCUUGGAAGCUCUUAGGCCAGAGCAGAGGCAACAGUAUGAAGACCUUGCUCUAGAGAUAUUCACGAGACAUUGUCCGAAGUAUAACAAAAAAUCUGAUCUGGAUGACGUUAUUGAGAGUGGAGAUGGGAAACUUCCUGUAUGUGUUGCAACAGGAGACCCUAUCCUGGAGUAUCGAUUCUGGAUGUGCAGUGUAUGUAAGCAUUGUAUGAAAGCCAAAGAAGCAAGCAAUUAUAACUUCUGUCCUCUGUGCCACAGUACAGCAUAGCAGAGGAUAAAGGACUGUUUAUCCUCAUAUCUGUUAUGUCUCCUACAAAUACUCUCUAAAAUGUUACCGAGGUACUAUAUUUUAAAAUACCACUCAGGCACUGUAUUGUAACAGAUAGUGCCAUUAUUAGAGAAACAUUUUUAAAAAACCCCCAGAAAACCCACAAGAGAAACCUUUACUGGUUCCAUUUCUGUGAAGAACAACUGUGUUACUCUUUUUUUUUUUGUUACUUUUUUUUACAAAGGUUUAAGGUAAAAGCAUUUCUUUUCUAAUUGUAAAGUUAGCCUAGUUUCAAAACCAUGUGAAUUGAAUGUAGGUUCAUCUUAAUACGUUUUACUCUGAGCAAGCUCCAUUUUCCGUUUUUGUAAUUCCACUACUGGGUUUUCUCAAAAUUCACAAUUAUUUUGAAGGAAGUAAUUCCUGAGUUGAAAUAAUGCCACAGUAGUGGUGAUAAUAUUAUUGUAUAUGUUUUUCUACUACUGUUUCACUAGAGCGAUGGUACCAGUUUAGGCAUGCAUUUGUGCUGUUUUCUUUUGCCAAGUGUAUUUAAACCCACCAUAGCAAUAAAGGGCUUGCAAACAUUUAGCAAUCAGUGCCGUUCGUCUGCAUCUGGGUUCUUCAGCUUUGGUGAUGUCUUCAACCAGUUAAGGAAACCUCUGUGAACCUUCAAACUGGUAAUGAGCCGUUUUUUUAAGUGGCUUGAAGAGAGCAGCUGACAUCUGUUGAACAGAUUUCAAGAGUUGAGCUGUCAUCCUUGUACACGCGAAGGUUUAAGGAACGCUGUUUUACUUAGAACUGUGCUGUUCUAUUUUAUUGCUGGAUUUGAGCUUCUGCU